GAUAUUCAUAUCACUUUCUCUGAUGGAAUAGCUACCUUCAUCAUAGGUAAAUAAUGUCUAAAAUCUUGAUAAAUUGUAUUACAUUUGAAUGCCAAGUAUACCUAAAGAUGAGUACUUCACGUGCAUGCCAAAUUGCCAAAAGACAAUUUAAUUUAUGCAACGACUUCUGUGGUGAAUUGAUGAGGAUUGACCUGCAAAGACUUGAAUGUGUCAGCAAAUACUUUUCGAAGUAUUAGAUACGAUACUUGAUAUAUCUUUGCUGCUCUACACUCUUUUGGAGGAUUCAUAAGACAUAAAUCAUAUGCAUCAACCUGUUUCAGUUUGGAAAAGUUUUUUCAUAAUGUCUCUACUAUACCUCGUUCUAAUUCUUCACACUUUAACCACUUUGAGCUCAGCUUCAGCCACUGAAUUUGUCUACAACACAAACUUCAGCAACAAAAAUAUCACCUUAUUUGGAAAUGCCAGUAUUCAGUCCUCCAUUCUCACUCUUACAAACCAGAGUUUCUUCACCAUUGGCCGUGCUUUUUACCCUCACAGAAUACGAACCAAACGAGCCAACUCGUCCACCCUUCUCCCCUUUGCAACCUCCUUUAUAUUCUCUCUUGCCCCCUUCAAAAACUUUGAUGCUGGCCCUGGUUUUGCUUUCUUGUUCACACCAUCAAGAGGUCUAAAUGGCACAACCUCAAGUCAGUAUCUUGGUCUCUUCAAUCUCAGCAACGAAGGCAAUCCACAGAACCAUGUUCUUGGAGUUGAGUUUGACACUAUUAGAAAUGGAGAAGUAUUUCAAGACAUAAAUGACAACCAUGUUGGUGUUGACAUAAACUCGCUCGUUUCCUCGGUUGCACAUGAAGCAGGCUAUUGGGGUGGGAAGGAUGAUAAGGAAUUCAAGGUGUUGAAGAUAAGCAGUGGGGAGAAUUAUCAAGUAUGGAUUGAGUUCAACCACUCACAGUUAAACAUUACUAUGGCUAAGGCAGGAGAAACGCGGCCUAGAGUGCCUCUAAUCAGUUCGAAUGUUAAUCUUUCUGAGGUUCUUGUGGAAGAAAUGUAUGUUGGUUUCAGUGCUUCAACAGGGAGGGCAAUAGAUAGUACUAAAAUACUUGCUUGGAGUUUUAGCAAUUCAAAUUUUUCAAUUGGUGAUGCUUUAGUCACUGAUAAUUUGCCUUCAUUUGUCUUUCAUAAAAAGUGGUUUUCUGGAUCAGGAGCUAUAAUUGUUGGAGUCUUCAUUACUACAAUUAUUGGUGCUGGGUUUGUGUUGUUGAUUUUCUUCCAUGAGAUUGAUGCAGCAACAAGGGGGUUCUCUGAACAGAAUGUUGUUGGUAAUGGAGCGAACGGGAAGGUAUAUAAAGGGAUCUUGCAAGGUGAAGAAGUUGCAGUGAAGAGAAUCCCUCAAGAAGGAGAAGGGAUGAGAGAGUUCUUGGCUGAGCUCUCAAGUCUAGGAAGAAUGAGGCAUAAAAAUUUGGUGGGGUUGAAAGGCUGGUGCAAGAAAGAGAAGGGAAACUUGAUUCUUGUUUACGACUUCAUGAACAAUGGAAGUUUAGACCAAAGAAUCUUCGAGUGCGAAGAGAGAAUGAUGCUAGGGUGGAAAGAGAGGAUUGAGGUUUUGAAAGAUGUGGCUGCAGGGAUUCUUUACCUGCAUGAGGGUUGGGAAGUUAAGGUCUUGCACAGGGACAUCAAAGCGAGCAAUGUUCUACUGGACAAGGACAUGAAUGCUAGGUUGGGAGAUUUUGGAUUGGCACGAAUGCACAAUCAUCAAGGAGAAGUCGCCGCGACAACUAGAGUAUUAGGGACAGUAGGAUACAUAGCUCCUGAAGUAAUUAGAACAGGAAGGGUAUCAACUCAAUCUGAUGUGUAUGGUUUCGGAAUUUUGGCAUUGGAAGUGCUUUGUGGCAGAAGGCCUAUUGAAGAACACAAGCCAGGGUUACUUGAAUGGUUGAUGUCCCUAUCAGUGGCUGAUCAGUUGCACAGUGCUGUAGAUGAGAGGUUAAAGGCUAAAGGGGGAUACUCUAUUGAGGAAGCUGAGAAAUUGCUUCAUUUGGGUUUGCUUUGUUCAAAUUCAGACCCUAAUAUGAGACCAAUGAUGAGGCAAGUUGUGAAAAUGCUGGAGGGGGAAAUGGAAGGUGUUGAGUCUAAUGAAGAAAGUGCAGAGAUGGGUUUACUUGCAAAAAUAAAAUCAGCAGCAAUGUGGUCUAGAAGUGAGUGUACCUUUCCACAUAAUGAUUAUCCAACCAUGGAUGAGGUAAGGAUGUUCAGUUCUAGUUCUAUGAUGUUCAGUUCUAGUUCUAUGAUACAACAUACAAGUGACAACAGUGCCAUUCUAGAAGGCAGAUAAAGUUUAGGUUCAAAGUUGUGGCCGUCUUUAGAAGUGUCUCAAUG